CACUUUGGAACCCGACAUCGCGAACCCAUUCAACCACAAUUCCGCAACUUACGGAAGUUACAAACAUUGCAAAGUACGACGCCUUAAACAGCGAAACAAAGAUCCCAUCCUCGAUCGUUUCAAUCCGCAACACCAUGCCCCAAGAUAACAGCGGCGACUGGACGUCGCGGGCCCAGGUUGAGCCCCAUCAGCUCGAGGGCGGUCAUGCGGUGCCCUAUUGGGACAAGAGCUGGUGGGAAGAGUACCGCCGAGCUAGGAGUAUCAGAGAAAGAAACGAAAUCAUCACCAAGCUCGUCGACCAGAUGCCCGUCAAGUGGGACACGCUGCCGCAGCUGCCCUUCUGGGCCCCUCUGUUCAACGUCACCCAAGACCAGUACAAGGUGGACGUGGGCCAGAGACUCAUGGCUACGUCCUUCCUAUUGGGUCACCAGCCGCUGGACCGGGAGGAUAUCGAUCUUGUCGCCUACGGCGCCGCCAAGCGAUCUGUCACCAAUGCGUACGCCCGACCCGCCAUAGCCCUUGGCGCAGGCGUCUGCUGGGCUGUUGGAUACAACAAAAUUUUCGGCGGCUGGGUUGCGGAUGCGUAUGCCGAGACCGUCUUCUCGGCGACAUUGAUGCGGAACAAGGCAUUCAAGCAGAAGCUGCUCGAGGCGGGACAAGCGAUGAAGGCGAAUAGCAUUACUCAUGAGAGGCCUGAACUGAGGGACGCUUAUUUAGUUGGGCACGAGCCGGAUCAUGACCACCAGGAGGAUCAACAGCAACUACCACAGCACGCGCAAACACCAUACUACCAGCGGAUCCAGCAGCACCAACAAGAACAGAAACAACAACACCAGAUGCAGCAGCAGCAGCAAACACAACAAUCCACUUAUAGCCAUGACGAUGAUGAUUACCUCUUCGAUGAUGCCUCCCCCGUAGCACCAGCCGCCAGAGGAACGGGUACCGUUAGCUCGCCCGUCGCCCAAUCUUCCGGUUCCGCAUGGGACAGACUCCGACAGCAAGCAAUGGGGGCCCCCGCGCAAGCACCUGGGAGCACGACCGCACCCACAGCUGCCAUCUACGUCAAGCCUUCCCAGUCCCGUUCGUGGGCUGAGCGCCGCGCGGCUGCCGUAGGCGGCGGUGAGGGCGGACUGUCGCAUUCGUACUUAGAGACCGACCAGGAGAGAGCUCUGGCCAAGGAUCAGGCGCAAAGGGAGUUUGAUGCCAUGUUGGAGAGAGAGAGGCGUGGCGAUGGCAGCAGUCGUAGACGUGGGCUUUGA